GUGUUUGGGUGUGAGCUUGACGGUUGUUCCAGCUGGAGGGAGAGAGAGGGGGAGCCUGUUGUUGUGUUUCUGGUCGAGUCCAGUCCCUCUCAGUCACGAAACAUGACGGCGAGGAAGUCUGGAUCACGACUGGAGACCGAGAUAGAGCGCUGCCGCUCGGAGGGCCAGUGGGACAAGAUACCCGAGCUGGUUCGGCAGCUGUCGGCGAAACUCAUUUCCAACGAUGACUUGGGUGAGCUGCUGUUGGGAGAAUCAAAGCUCCAGAUGUACUUGAAGGAAAAUCCCAUCAAACAAGGUUCGAGCCCCCGAGGCCCACGGCAAAAGCUUGUGGAGGUCAGGAAGCACCUUACUGCUGCUCUGGACCGAGGAAACCUCAAGGCCGACUACCUCCAGGAAGCCAGCCUGCUGAUGGCCAAAAUCUGUUACAUAGAGGGAGAAUACAAAGAUGCUUUGGGUCACUACAACCGCGUGAGCCUGGAAGACAUGCAGCUGGCUGGAGCUCCUGUGUACAGACUGUCCAUGAUAGCAGAGGCCUACGCCACCAAAGGCUUGUGUCUAGAGAAGGUCCCGGCUUCCUCUCCGUCUCUGUCCAACAAGAACUCGGGCUCUCCGUUGACCAACCGGACCCCGGCAGAGCGGGAGCAGGAAAUCAUCACCUGCUAUGAAAAGUCCGGAGACAUCGCUUUGCUCUACCUGCAGGAAGCGGAGAAGGCGUUAUCCGCAGGCAUUCAGAACCGCAGCCCAAAGCCAGGACCAACAGCUCAGGAUCUGGAGCUGGGCUACUUCCUGGAGACAGGCCUGCAGAGGGCCCACGUCAUCCACUUCAAGAACGGUAACCUGACACAAGGUGUGGGCAGGUUUCGGGAGAUUCUUCGGGCCGUUGAAACCAGGACCACCCAGAACCUUCGCAUGACGAUAGCCCGGCAGCUCGCAGAGAUCCUGCUGCGGGGAAUGUGCGAACAGAGCUACUGGUCUCCCCUGGAAGAUCCCCCGACGGUGUCACCCCUGGAUAAUCCCACACAGCAAGGCCACACCUACAGCAAGAACUACACCCUGAGCCGACGCCCGCGCGUGUACUCAGGAGAGAAUCUGUUUUGUCCUCAGGAGAACACGGAGGAGGCGCUGCUGCUGCUGCUGAUCAGCGAGUCCAUGGCCAACCGGGACGCUGUGCUGAGCAGGAUCCCCGAGCACAACAACGAUCGGAUCAUCAGCCUGCAGUCCGCCUCUGUGGUGUACGACCUGCUGACCAUAGCUCUGGGCAGGAGGGGGCAGUACGAGAUGCUGUCCGAGUGUUUGGAGAGAGCCAUGAAGUUCGCCUUCGAGGAGUUCCACUUGUGGUACCAGCUCGCCUUGUCACUCAUGGCCGCCGGCAAGUCCGCCCGGGCCGUCAAGGUCCUUAAGGAGUGCAUCCGCCUGAAGCCCGAUGACCCCACCAUCCCACUGCUGGCCGUUAAACUGUGCAUCGGUCCUCUGCACUGGUUAGAUGAAGGGGAGAAGUUUGGAAAGAUGGUGAUUGAGAUGGGGGAGAAAGCCGCUGAAUUCAGAGCCAAAGGCUACUUGGCCAUCGGUCUGGUUUACAGCCUCAAAGCCACUGAUGCAUCGUUGCGGAGCACACAGGAGGAGUACCAGAGGAAAGCGUUAGGGGCCUUUCAGAGAGCUCAGAGUCUGUCUCCCACUGACCAUCUGGCAGCUUUUUAUUUGGCUCUCCAGCUCGCCGUCUCCAGACAGAUCCCCGAGGCUCUAGGAUAUGUCCGACAGGCGCUGCAGCUCCAAGGAGACGACGUCCACUCCCUCCACCUGCUGGCCUUGCUUCUCUCGGCCCAGAAACACUACCACGACGCUCUUAAUAUCAUCGAGAUGGCCCUGUCCGAGUACCCCGAGAACUUCAAUCUGCUGUAUACGAAGGUGAAGCUGGAGGCCAUGUGCAGGGGACCGGAAGAAGCGCUGCUCACCUGCAAACACAUGCUGCAGAUCUGGAAGAGCUUUUACAAUCUCACCAACCCAAGUGAUUCGGGGCGGGGCAGCAGCCUGUUGGACAGGGCCAUAGCAGACAGACGGCAGCUCAACGCCAUGACGCUGCCGGACUUCAGCGACCCUGACACCGUCUCAGGUUCCUCCUCUUCCCUCUCUGGUUUUGAACCAGUCUCUCCCACCUCCCCGUCAACCGUGUCCACCCUCUCCUCCCCGUUGUCCUCCCCUUCAUCGCCUCUCUACAUUUUCCAGCCUCCUCCCCUUCUCACUCCGACCAAAAGCCCCCCCGCUCUCCCUCCUGUCCCUUCUCCUCCGCCCUCCUGUCCUCUCCCUCCACCCACCAAGGCCAGGACUCACUCCUUUUGCAACCACGUCGUUCUCCAACAGCUUUCCAACUGUAGCGGCCCUCAGGACGCUAACAUUCUUGGUUUUUCCUCCAUGUUUUCUGUUUGUUCGGUGCACGCUACGUCUAUAGCAGCCAGCCGGGUGGAGCAGGCUCUGUCGGAGGUGGCCUCUUCCCUGCAGAGCAGCGCUCCCAAACACGGACCCCUACACCCCUGGAUGACCCUGGCCCAGAUCUGGCUACAUGCAGCCGAGGUGUACAUCGGCAUGUCGAAGCCUGCCGAGGCCACGGCGUGCACCCAGGAGGCUGCCAACCUCUUCCCCACCUCCCACAACGUGCUGUACAUGAGGGGGCAGAUAGCCGAGCUGAGGGGCAACACGGACGACGCCAAGCGGUGGUACGAGGAAGCCCUGUCCAUCAACCCGACUCAUGUCAAAACCAUGCAGAGGCUGGGUCUGAUUCUGCACCAGCUGCAGCGCUACAGUUUAUCGGAGAAGGUCCUGAGGGAUGCUGUGCAGGUCAACAGCACGGCUCAUGACGUGUGGAACUGCCUGGGCGAGGUGCUGCAGGCUCAGGGCAACGCGGCCGCUGCCACCGAGUGUUUCCUCACCGCCUUGGAGCUGGAGGCCAGCAGCCCCAUCCUGCCCUUCACCAUCAUUCCCCGAGCGCUAUGAGACGCAGCGUAUUUAACAACCCAGGGAUCUGCAACCUGCUCCACACACACACAUACACAUAUACAUGUAAACAGCUGUGCAGCCAUUUCUCACACCUUGUAUAUAAUGCAAAUAGUAUUUUCCUCUGCCGAGUGCGUGUGUGUUGGCGCUGAAACAUUCGUUGUUUCCCGUCUGUGCAUGCACCUCCCGUGUCUGCGUGCCAACGCGCCGUCCCGCGUCUCGUCCGUGCACCUUUCCUUGUUGUAAAUACGAUGUUUGCGUUCGAAAAAAGCCUAAGAUUUUUUUUUGUUUACACUUUUAGUCCAAAGAAACACGCAGGUUUGUUCAAAAAUCAGAUAAAUGGUGUUAUUUAUGUUUGCUUCGAGAGCCAAACAUCCCGCUAAACCGACCCAUUCACCUGUUGCUGUUAAGCCAGAGCGGAUUUCUUUUACUUGUACGGCUGGAUAAUCCACUGGAGACGCGACCAGAAGGUCAGUCGGUCAAUAAAUGCCAAAAAAAAAAAAAAAAACUUGGAUGACUUCACACAGAUAAUUGGAUGCGUUUUUUUUUUUCGUUUUUUUUUGUGGCAAUUUUAUCACAAUGAAGCCUGCUUUGUUAUUUUGUUUACAGAAUAUCCUCAUGUGCACAGAAAAAGAACUGUUACUGAUAAACAAAGGUUUUGCAGGAGUCUGUUACUAAGGUAUCCGUUCCAAAAAUCAGGUUUUCUGUGUAAAUGCAUCCAUCUUGUGUGUGUGUGUGUCUUCGCCUUCUGUCACAACCAGGUUUUUUUUCUUUUUUCUUCUUCUUUUACUUAGAUGUUUUUGAUUAGAAAUACAAAAUUAUUGCUGUAAAUUUGUUGGACCGUUGUUUUAUUAUUUUGGGGAGUAAAUAAUUAUUAUAGAGAGAGAGAGAGAGAGAGAUGCUGUGGGCAGAGUGAGAAGAUGAAUGGGUUCAGUUUCAUCAGUCAGUGAGUUGUUUUUGCUGUAAAUCAAUGACUGAAAAUUAUAAUGAUAAUAAAGAUCCUCGGUGAACAAAG